AUGCAGCCGCCGUCAGGACGAUCGUCUCAUCAAGCAGCUUCUGGCUUCGCCCAAGUCCUGCGCGCCGCUGCUGGAGCUGAGAGUCAAGCAGACUGUGUCGGUCAACAACGCGUCUCAGCUGGCUCCUCCCAAGACCUUCGAGCCCCUACCGGCCCGUCGCUACUGGAGCAGGACCUGAAGUUGGGCAAGCAGUGCUCGAGCGCGUCGCGGCCGGGGGUGCUACCCCAGACAUGCAAGCAGCCGCUGGAGCUGGUCACAGCGAAGAACGAGAAGUGCAAGAGCGAGUCGCAGCCGGAGGUGUCGGCCCAGACCUGCGAGCCGCUGCUGGAGCAGGCCACAGCGAAGGGCAAGCAGUACCUGAGCGAGUCGGAGCCAGAGGCACUACACUGGGCUUGCAAUCAGCUGCUGGAGCUGCACAGACGAUGA